CACCAGUUGAGCUCGAGGCCUCGAACUGGUUGGACGCCUGCUGAGCUGAAGACGUCGCCAGCCGACUACCCCAGGCAGCAGCGCCCCCUGACAGCCCCGCAGCCCAGUGAACGGGAUCUGUUACGCCGGCCCCGCAGACCGGAGCCCCGCCUGGCAGCCAGAGCAGAGUUAGCUGCGCCCGCCACGAGGCGCAGCACCUGCGUCCGGCAGCCUCAGCGGUCUUCCCUGUGGGCGCUAGCGCUCCCCACCAGACUUGACCACACACAAGCGCACACGCGUCGCGUGUCGCGUUUUAAUUCACCGACGAAGAGAGAACCCGGAGAAGGAGAAGCAACUACAUCAUGCUCUGUAACACAAUGAACCGAAGGAAGGCUAAACUUAGCCGUCCAAUGAAGAUCAGCCAGAUGAGGGAGGAGCCGCCCAGCGAUGAGGAGGACCAACACAGCAGGGGAGAGCGGCCGCCGCCGCCGCCCACACACGCCAAGUAUCGCGUCAACCCGGCAGACGCGCCCAUUACGCCGCCGAUGACGCCCCCACGCCACGGAGCCGCUCCCUGCAAGACAGCCGCAGCGGCCGCCUCUGCCUCUGCCCCGCCGCCCCCGCCGCCUCCCACGCCACAGCAGCAGCAGGAGCGAGGCACGCACUACUCGAUUGCCGUGACGCUGCCGCCGCCGCCGCCCCCGCCGCCGCCGCCGCCGCCCACGCGCGUACUGUGCACAUGUUGCUGA